AAGAUCACAAUUAUGAGAGGCAGUCAUAUAUAUAGUACCGCAAACCCCAACCAAACCGUUUCACCUGGAUAGUAGAAUCUUCUGGUCCACAGUAUUGAAGGAUGCAAACAAGUCUGUCUCAAGGCAAAAUGAUAACAUAGUUCCCAUCAUCAGUUGCCUGAAAGAGAUUGCAGCAACGGCAGACCAUUUUUGGAUCGGGAAAUCCAGCUGGGCCCAUACCCUGCUCCCAUACCCUUUGGUGAUGGAGCAGGAGAGAGACUCUGCCCCUGGAUGUCAAGAGGGAUCUGGCGCUCCCUGCUAUUGUCGUGAUUUGAGACCAGAACUUGGGAAAGAGCUCUGUGCUGGAGGCGUUGUCUGGGGCGGCCCGGGAGAGGGAGCAAUGAGUUCUGGACAGCAUUCCCUCACACAUUUGACGGCACUCACAGCAGUCAACUGUGGCAGCAGCGGGUCAUGUGAUCUAGGUCUAAAAUUAUCCACCAGCUCUGAGGUCAGAUUUCAGCAACAUGGAGGACGGUUGGGCAGCCACAAGGCAAAAUGGCUAUACGGCAAGGUUACCGGCUGAAGCCACUUUAACCAAACAGUAAUCAAUUGUGCCAAAAGGGAUGGUCAGAGAGGCAGAGUUGCAGCUCACAGGUCAGAGGUAAUUUAAACUGUGAGCGCUGUAACAUUAAGACAGGAAGUGGCUGCCAUGGUGGGCGUGGUGGCAUAUAGCUCCGUGAGCUCCAUCAAAGCUCUGUGGGAGACCCGGAUCCGGAGGAGCAAGGAGGAGGAGCAGAAAAGAACAGCCAGGGGUGGGGCCCCAGGAAGACUCAGUGUUGGGGUCUGGGAGGAUCGUGCUAUUCUGGCUCGCUUGAAGCAGAAACUGCAGACUGAAGAUGGACGAUUAAUUCUUCGAAUUGAACAGGAAGAGUGGAAGUCUUUGCCAGGGUGUCUGAUCCACCUCAGUCAGGUCCAGGAGUGGCAGAUCCACAGAACUGGACUGCAGAAGAUUCCUCAUUUUAUUCCCAGCUUCCAGAACCUCCUGGUCCUCGAUUUGUCCCGUAAUUCCAUUACAGAGAUCCCAAAACAAAUCGGUGAGCUGACUCGGCUGAAAGAACUGCUGCUGAGCUACAACAGAAUCCAGUCUGUUCCUGAAGAGUUGGGUGGAUGUGAGAGUCUGGAGAGACUAGAAUUGUCUAUGAACCGGGACCUUAGUGAGCUUCCAGACCAGUUUAGGAACCUGACACGGUUGCAGCACCUGGAUCUGUCCAUGAACUGCUUCAGCUUCAUACCAGACUGCAUAGUUGCACUACCGGCACUUGAAUGGCUUGAUAUUGGGGGUAACUGCCUGCAGCACUUACCUGAGGACAUACACAAAAUGGAGAACUUGCACACGUUGUGGUUGCAGAGGAAUGACCUUGAGAAACUUCCAGACAACAUCAGCCGGAUGGCAAGCCUGGACACAUUGGUGCUGAGUAGCAAUAGACUCAGAGACAUCCCACCCCUGAUGGAGGACAUGUCCAACCUCAGGUUUGUGAAUUUCCGGGACAACCCCUUAACUCUGGACCUGACUCUUCCUCCAAGAAAGAGAACAGAAGAUGACGAGGGUGAAGACGACAGGGAGAUGUUUGGACGAGAGUUCAUGCAAAUGUACAUCCAGGAAUCCAGAAAGAGAGCUUUUGCUGCGCUCAACAUGCACCGCGUCAACCAGACAAAUGAGGACUCAUGAAGGUACAGAACCCAACUGGCCUCAGUUCUUUUGGGGAUUUUUGUUCUGGAUCGCAGCAGAACUCUUUCUUGGUUUCUGAAAGCUGCUCUAGAAAUCAACUUUUAUUGUGUUAGAGGACUCAGAAGACAAACCUGUUAGAGACCGUUUUAGCCUCACACUUUGUUGAAGCUCAAAGCUCCUCAUAACCAGAACAAACUGGUUUGGACCUUUUAAUUUAUCAGAAGACUGAAACUGCAGAAGUGAGAAAGUAAAAAGCUAUUUUAUAAAACAUUUGCACCUUCAAAAAAAAAAAA